AUGGCGACGCCGGAUAUGGCACUCCCGACCGCGGCAGGCGACGACGUUUGCGUGCGAUCCCUGCGACCGUCGCCAUUCUUGCUCGGCGACAUCGCGAACGACCCUACUAACGACUCCCUUACCACUUAUGCUAGCUCAGAUUCCAAGUCGCGCAUGCUGGAGCUGGCGACGCGCUUCGCCGCUACUCUCCGCUCUCUCAAGAUCCGUCCAGGCGCGGGUGGUAACGCGACGCCGCGUCCUGACGACGAUAAGCUAUCGGCCAAAAGCAUCGUGGAGAUCCUUCAACGCGCGUCGGACAUCGAGUCGCUCUCGCUGGUGAGCUGCGUCGAAGCGGUGCCCGAUCGUCGCACCGCGCCACCCGGCUUCCUUCCAAUGACCAAAACAGAACUCGCGACGGUGGUGCUCCCCGCGCUGCCACGUCAGCUCAAAUCCCUGGAACUGAGCUCGGACCACUUUCUGACCCCCUCGGCGUGCGUGACGUGGGCGGAGGGGGGCGAGGCCGCGGCGGGAGGCGCGGGUCGAGUGUGGGGCAAAGACGACGGCCUUCAAGUCGGCGGCACGACUAACGUUCCCAUCCCCCCAUCGCAGGCGCCUCCUCCGCGCAACCCCUCUCCUGCUGCCGCCGCUGCUGCUGAAGCUGCUGCAGCCACUCCCGCCGUACCUUCCCCCCCUCCGUCCGACCCGUCUCCUCCUCUUUCCCCAUCCUCCCUCCCCCCCGCUCCCCCUCCCCUUCCGCCCGCCCCCUCCCGCGAGCCCAUCUCCAUCCACCCGCCGCGCGUCUGCCUCACGGACGUGCACCUCCAUGCCAUCGCCGCCUCCCUCCCCAACCUCACCUCCCUCAACCUUGACAUGCGUGCAACCGUCAACGCGGAGACCAUAGGCCACCUGGCGGCGUCGCUGCCGCAUCUCAAAUCUCUCUCUCUCUGCUCUGAUGAGGUCACCUGGGAGGUGGUGUCGCUGCUGCUCGCGCUCCUCCCCUCCCUGCAGCACCUCUCGCUCGUCUCCCACGCCUUGGAUAAACCUCGCAACCACCCCGCCAAGCCUGCGGCACCACCCGCCGAGCCUCCUGCUUCGGCUGCCACAGCAGCCGAUUCAGCUGGGGCCGAGGCUCUAGAUUCUGAAACGGCUGCUCUCCUUUCAUCGCUCUCCAUUGCCGCUCCCAAGCCCGGCGACCUUUUCUACUGCCCACCGGGGUCGGCUCUGGCGCCCUGCCUCUCCUCCAUCCGCCUCUAUAUCUCCCCCCACCGUUCUGUUGCCUGGGAAUCGCCCCCUGCAUCCUCCCUACUGCUCGCCCUCGCUGCUCGUCCCUCCUCCACUCCUCUGCGGGCCUUGCACGCCCAGAACUCCCCCAGCUCCACAUGGCAGCUCGUGGGCCACCUGUUCCGCCAGCUCACCACUCUGGAUCUCUCUCAAACCGAGCUGCAUCCCGCCCCAUCUCACCUGAAGGUUGGAUCAACCGAGUGGAAGAAGAGCGAGGAGGUGCUGUGCCAGGCCAUCAGGGGCCUUCCUCUCCUGGAGCGCCUUGGCCUUCCGCUGGCGUCAGAUGCCAUUCUCACAGCUGUUUCUGAGUCCUGCCCGAACCUCACUGCCUUGCACGCCCAGCCACUGGCUCGGUUCAUUGCUGUCGCCUCUGCUGCUGCCAGUGCUGCUAAUGAUUUCCUUCUCACCAGCUCCUCCAUCUACGCCAGGACCUGCCUGCGUGUUUCCCCUCCUCCUGUGCAAUCUCAUGUUACUGAUGCCGGGGUGGUGGCUCUUGCAAACGGAUGCACGCGAUUGGUGCAGCUGAGUCUGGGCGGCUGUGUGAACGUGGGGCCAGUGGGGCUGCGCGAGCUGGCGAGAAAAUGCGGGCGGCUGGAGGUGCUGAGGCUGGCGCGCACAGCGGCGGACGACGCUGCUGUCGUGGCCGCGCUGUUCGGCGACACCUGGCAUGCUGACGCUGCAGUUGGUGCUGGUUCCACUGCUUCGCUCCAGCUGCAGUUGCCCCAGCUCGUUCUGCUGGAUCUGUUUGACUGCCCGGGUGUUUCCUCCGGCCUGCUGCUCUCUCUCUUGGCAGCGGCCAGGGAGCUUGCAGGCGAUGGUGAAGAUGGGGAGGAGGUGAGGGCUGGGGGAGAGGCAAGGCGCCCUGGACUUACGGAUUUCAGGCUGCGGAGGCUGCUGGUUUCGCAUGGGGUUAUUGCUGGCAAGGAUGGUGGAAAGGAAGGAAAGGGAAGUAGAAAUGGUGAUGCUGGUGUGGAUUUGAGAGUUGCGGCAAGGGAGCUCGCCCUUUGUUGGUCACCUUAUGCGACAAUGAAGGUGAUCGGUCUUACGGGUGGUAUAGCAAGCGGGAAGAGCACUGUCUGUCAGGAGCUCAAGUCGCGGUUCGGCUUUCCUGUAAUCGACGCUGACAAGACAGCGCACGAUGUAAUGCGGAAGGGAACCCCAGCCCAUUCGCAAGUGGUGAAAGAGUUUGGACCUUCGGUGCUGACAUCAGAAGGGGAGAUAGAUCGCAACAAGCUGGGAGAGAUAGUGUUCGUCGACGCCAGCAAGAGGAAGAAGCUGAACAGUAUUAUGCAUCCUCACAUUGCCUAUGCAAUUGCACGCCAGCUCUUCUCCCAUUGGUGGGCCAAUCACCCGCUGGUCAUUCUAGAUGCUCCUCUGCUCUACGAGACUUGUCUGAACCGGGCUACACGGGCAGUGAUCGUUGUCUUUUGUGAGACGGAGCAGCAGGUAGAGCGUUUAAUGAAGCGCAAUGCUCUGCAGGAAGAUGACGCUUGGCGGAGAGUGGCUGCUCAAAUGCCGCUGGAGCUCAAAGUAGAGCGGGCAGAUUAUGUGAUAGAUAAUACGGGAGAGUGGAGCGGUACAUUGGAAAAUGUUUCAAGAGUUGUGAAGUCCAUUAGAACCAACCACAAUACUACCGGUGCAGUUGCUAUCGCCACAAUCCUCACCAGCAUCCGUCUUGACAGCCUUCAAGAAUCGUUAUCUUCCAUGACCGUUGGAUCAGCGUCAUCUGACCUGCUGCUUCUGAAAGUCUUCUGUGUAUUCCUUUGCUUCCUCUUCGCAUUUCUAUGCCACACUCAGGCCAUUCGAUUCCUCAGCCAUGUAAAUUUCCUUAUCACCAUCCCCAUUGAUCCUGAGACUUCUCCUGGUCUCUCCAUCUCUUAUGUACAAAGAGUUCUUGCACGAGGAGACAACUUUUGCACAGUGGGCAAUCGCUCAUUCUACUUUCUCCUCCCUCUUGCGCUAUGGUUCUUUGGGCCUAUCCCAAUGUUUCUCUCAAUCGUUAUUAUGAUAUUUGCACUAAGGAUCUCGGAUUUUUCUCGUGACUUUCUUGUCAUCCUUACCCCGGAGGCUCUGACAUGA